GGUCUGAGUCGCCCCUCCCCCUUCCCAGAGGCGGGGCCAGGGUUAACUUGGGGGUGGUUGGAAUGGGAGAUGUGGCGGGAGAGGGGCCCAGUAAGUGGAGAAGGGACUACUCCCGCUCUGCUGCCAGUUUAAAAAUUUGCGGCUUGAGUCCCUGGUGGUCGCAGAGGGAAUUAGGAAAGCUACAUUUGCUUACUCCCCCUCUCCCUCAUUGUUCAAACUCAGAGGGCUCUGGGCAGGGGUCUCUCCAGGGGCUGGAAUUCUGGCUGCCCUGUGCCACCCCCCAGGGUCAGGAAGGGACUCAGUCAAGGAGGACCCAGACCCUCAGGGGCUUAGAGGGGCUUUUAAAACAGCUCCCCCAUUCCCCAUCUGUCUACUUAGGCCACAGUCUCAAAAUUUUUUUCCUCCUGUCCGUUUCUCCUUAUGUGUCUGUCCCUGCCCCUCCCUGCUUUCACCACCACCACCAUCCACCACCGUGGGCUACCAAGCAGGGCCAUCUCUAGGACUGAGGUACCCACCUUGGCCCCUGAGCCCACCAUUGCAGCUGGAGAAUGAACCAGCCGCAGAGGAUGGCACCGGUGGGCACCGACAAAGAGCUCAGUGACCUCCUGGACUUCAGCAUGAUGUUUCCGCUGCCAGUGGCCAAUGGGAAAGGCCGGCCCACCUCCCUGGCUGGCACCCAGUUUGGAGGCUCAGGUCUGGAGGACCGGCCCAGCUCAGGCUCUUGGGGCACUGGCGACCAGAACAGCUCCUCCUUCGACCCCAGCCGGACCUACGGUGAAAGUGCCCACUUCAGUGAGUCCCAUGGCAGCCUCUCUUCAUCUACAUUCCUGGGAGCGGGACUUGGAGGCAAGGGUGGCGAGCGGAGCACAUAUACUGCCUUCGGGAGAGAUGCAAGUGUUGGGGGCUUGACUCAGGCUGGCUUCCUGCCCAGUGAGCUGGCCCUCAGCAGCCCCGGGCCACUGUCCCCCUCAGGCGUCAAGAGUGGAUCCCAAUAUUACUCUUCCUACCCCAGCCAUGCUCGGCGGAGAGCUGCGGACAGCAGCCUUGAUACGCAGCCCAAGAAAGUCCGGAAGGUGCCGCCAGGUCUUCCAUCCUCGGUGUACCCACCCAGCUCAGGUGAUGACUACGGCAGGGAUACCACCCCCUACCCAUCUGCCAAGACCCCCAGCAGCACCUACCCGGCACCCUUCUACAUGGCAGAUGGCAGCCUGCACCCCUCAGCCGAGCUCUGGAGCCCCCCAGGGCAGGCGGGUUUCGGGCCCAUGCUGGGUGGGAGCUCAUCUCCCCUGCCCCUCCCACCAGGUGGCGGCAGCUCCGUGGGCAGUGGUAGUGGCGGUGGGUUUGGCGGCCUGCACCAGCACGAGCGCAUGGGCUACCAACUGCACAGUGCGGAGGUGAAUGGUGGGCUCCCAGCUGUGUCCACUUUCUCAGCCCCCACAGCCACCUAUGGCAGCGUUGCCAGCCACACGCCCCCUGUCAGUGGGGCCGAAAGUCUCAUGGGCUCCCGAGGGACCACAGCUGGCAGUUCUGGGGACGCCCUUGGGAAGGCGCUGGCCUGGAUCUACUCUCCGGAUCACUCAAGCAAUAACUUCUCGUCUAGCCCUUCGACCCCCGUGGGUUCCCCACAGGGCCUGGCAGGGUCGUCGCAGUGGCCCCGAGCAGGAGCCCCCGGUGCCUUAUCUCCCAACUAUGAUGGAGGUCUCCAUAGCCUGCAGAACAAGAUGGAAGACCACCUGGAUGAGGCCAUCCACGUGCUCCGUAGCCACGCCGUGGGUACCUCGGGUGACGUGCACGGGUUACUGCCCAGCCAUGGAACACUGGCCUCAGGCUUUGCCGGCCCUAUCAUGCCACUGGGUGGGCGACACACCAGCUUGGUUGGAGGCAGCCAUUCCGAGGAUGGCCUCUCAGGCAGUGGCAGCCUCAUGCACAACCAUGUGGCCCUCCCCAACCAGCCCAGCGCCCUCCCCGACCUCUCUCGGCCACCUGACUCCUACAGUGGACUUGGUCACAGGGGCACCGCCUCAGGUACCAGUGAGAUCAAGCGGGAGGAGAAGGAAGAUGAGGAGAAUGUGUCGGUGGCUGACAACUCAGAGGAGGAGAAGAAGGAGCUGAAGGCCCCCAGGAUCCGGACCAGCCCGGAGGAGGACGAGGACGACCUUCUCCCCCCAGAGCAGAAGGCUGAGCGGGAGAAGGAGCGCCGGGUGGCCAAUAACGCACGAGAGCGGCUGCGGGUCCGAGACAUCAAUGAGGCCUUUAAGGAGCUGGGGCGCAUGUGCCAGCUGCACCUCAACAGUGAGAAGCCCCAGACCAAACUGCUCAUCCUGCACCAGGCCGUGUCGGUCAUCCUGAAUCUGGAGCAGCAGGUGCGAGAACGUAACCUCAACCCCAAAGCAGCGUGCUUGAAGCGACGAGAAGAGGAGAAGGUGUCAGGCGUGGUUGGAGACCCCCAGAUGGUGCUUUCAGCAGCCCACCCGGGCCUGAGUGAGGCCCACAACCCUGCUGGGCACAUGUGAAAGGUACGCCUCCGUGGGAUAAGUGACCUGACCUCAGUCUAACCUGGAAUGGUCACACAGCGUGUCGGGUCCAUCCUCAACGUGGGCUGGCCAGUCCACACCUCACAUACACCUGUGGUCAGCGUUGAGCCAACACCAGCCUAAGGAGGCUUCAAGAGAUGGGGGCCCUAGAGGUGACAGUGGGGUCCAGGAGCCUCCUGGGGACCCUGCUGUCCCCACCCCCAGGCCUCAGCUACCCCCACAUGCUGGGACUUGCCUGAUGGAUCCUGAAAUUGCAUCUCAGCCUUGCUACACAAGCCCUGGCUGGAAGGAGCUUUCUUUUUUUCUUUUUUGGUAAAAACUGGAACACAAACAAGAAAUAUACACUUCAUCAGAAAAAAAAUGCCUUAAGUAUAAAACAUGGAAAAGUUAAAACAUAUCACUUGUUGGAGAGAGACGCUGUGAAAAACUGGCUUGUUCUUCAGAAGCCACCAGCAAAUUGUGCCUAUGCCUGAUUUUUUUUUUUUUUAAGGAAAAUAAAAACGCUAGUUAUGAAAUUUUUUUUUAAUGUAGAAGAAAAUUAGCAAGGAGGAUGCCUUUGUUUUUUUUUGCAUAUGUUUUGUAAGCAACAAAUGUUUUGUAUAAAAGUUUUGUGUCUCUUGUAUUUCUGCUGCUGUUUCUAGAACUGAGCAUUACAUUUCAUGAUCAACCAGAUUAAAAGUUAUAUUUAAAAGACCCCACUGUAAACCUAAGGUCCCCCUCCCCUGUCCCGGGAGCCCAGCCAUGGGCCACAGGGAGAACAGGUAUUGGUGGGUCUCAUUUCUUUA